AUGGCUGCCCGCAGUCCGGCACCGCGGCUGUGGCUCCUGCUGCUGCUGCUGCUGCAGAACACCCAGGCAGCACCCCAGACAUCAUUAAUUCCACCUCAUUCGUGUGACCGACUUGAGAACUGGUUCUACGACAGAACUUCACGAAGCUGUUGUUACCAGUGUCCCCCAGGCUAUGUUAAAAAGAAAGCGUGUCCCACGGACCCACAUCACUGCAUGAGAUGUGGACCUGAACAGUAUCUAAACGAGGCAGCCCAGAAGCCACGAUGUGAUGCUUGUGUAUCAUGUGCAACAGAACCAGACCUUGUGGAAAAAGCCCCCUGUUCCUUCAAUUCUAGCCGUGUGUGCGAGUGCCGACCAGGCCUGUUUUGCCAGACCCCUGUUCUGAACACCUGCGCGAGAUGCCAGCAGCACACAACUUGCAAGCCUGGUUUUGGAGUCAAAGUCAAAGGCACCUCAAUGACUGAUGUUUCUUGUGAAAAGUGCCCUCCUGGGACCUUCUCUGAUCAGACCUCCAGCACCGACACCUGCAAGCCUCAUACUGACUGUGCCAAGUUAAAUAAAGUAGCACUGAGCAAAGGAAAUGCCACCCAUGAUCAAGUUUGCAUGGACCAAGCUCCCACUUACCUCACCUCAGGUGUUUURUCUGCGAAAUUAAGCAAUAAAACAAACGGCUCUGAUGUGAUGAUGCUUGAGAAGACGGUGACCAUUGCAAGUGUAAUUCUAAGUGACACAACAGCUGAGAACCCCAGUUCAACUGCUGAGGAGAAAGCUCUGGCUGUCACCUUUCCUACUUCAGAUGCCAAAGGGAAGAAAACAAGAGGAGGUGAUGUUCCUUGGGGAGUGGUUCUCUCUGUGGUAGUACUACCUGUGAGUGUGCUGUUAUUUUGGAAGUUGAAGGUUUGCAAGAGAUGGAUCCUCAUCCUCAAAGGAAAGCCACAUCUGUAUACAGUCACGGGACACAAAUCCAGGGCCAGCUCUCCAGGUUCUGAUGGAGUGAACAAAUGCACAAUGUUGCUGAGUCCUGACAAAGUGUCAGAAGAGGAGUUAAUUGACAGGACUCUCCCUUUGGAGCUCAACAACUUGGUGUCCAGCACAGAAAAAGUGGGUAGUCCUGAUCUGAGUUUGACUGAUGUCACACAGAGAAAUGCUCUCGACUGUCCUGUUGAUUCUCAAGUGAGGGACCACACAAAUAACCGAAUUGAAAACAUAUACAUCAUGAACGCCGAUACUGUCAUUGUGAGCACUUCCAUCUCAGAAGUGUCUAGUGGCAAGAACUGUGCUGUCAGAGGCUGUGAAAGUGAUAUCGAUGUCCAGGAAAACAUGGAAGAGGAGGAGCUGGAAAUCCACUACCCAGAGCAGGAGACAGAAUCUUUUCCCGGGAAUGAUGUCCUGGUUCCUGUGGAAGAGGAGGGAAAGGAGUUUCACCACCCCACCACUGCCACUGAAAAAUGA